CAAGUAUUGCAGCUGUGAGCUGUGCAAUAGCAUAGGCUACAUUUUAUAUUAUUAUGCAAUGAAUAAUAUUCUUAAUCUACGUUUGCGUGGCAUUGUUCGACGAAAAAGUUAAUGAAGUAGUUUUGCCAAAAACACCUUUGUGAACUACCUCAAAUUUCCACGAAUUUUUUCGACUAGAAAUUUAUGUGUAUUGUGGUUAUUACCUACAUUCGCGUUAAAAGUUAACUACUUAAUUGCGAUGACAUUCGAUAUCCGAUGCAACUGCUAUCAGAAUAUGCCCAUUAUAUGGAUAGCAAUUACUCUGGCAUAUUUAGAAUUAGCUAAAAGCAAAGCAAUGUCGUGGAACAAUAUUGGCUUAUCUUCUCAGAUAUCACAGAUAACAUCGCAGCCUUUGAAAUUCAAACAAAAAGAAAUCACCAAAAAUAUCAAUUUUUCUGAAAGGAUCGAAUUUGAUUCGCACGAGUUCGAUAAUUUUACUAGAAAUUCCACAGAAAUUGAAGCUAUACAAGAUUCGACUCCAAAAGGAAAUUUUAGCAAGGAAAAUUCUACCAUUGGAAAAAUUUACAGUGGAAAUGGUUUAAAAAUGAAUUCAAAUUUUUUACACAAGAAAACAGUUCAUCUGGAAACCAGCCCGGAAUUUGCAUCAAAUGAAAAAACCUCGGUUCCUUCUCAAGGCAGAUCAUUACCUAGCGAAAACGACACCAUAAGCGACAUCUUGAUAUUCACAAUUUUAUCAAUUUUCAUCCUAACAUUAAUAGCGGUCACGGGCUUCACGUUCUACAACAAACAUUCGCAAGCUUCCAUGCAAAUCAAUGAGGAUAUUUCGAAAGACGAGAAAAAAUUACGUUAUAGAGAGGUGGCUACUGAAGAACCACCUAAUAAUGAUGAUGAAGAAGCCACCAGAGGCAGUUGGAGAAAAACAUUGAUUUCUAAAAUUAGCUUACCAUCUACUUGUAAGCUAAAAUCUGCUAACAAUUCGACCACUUCGGAAAAUGAAAAUGAAAUUGAGAUCCAACCACCCCCACCAGAUACACCAUCGACUCGUACUUUGAGUACAGGGAGUAAUACCAGUACAAGGGCAGGUUCGUGUAUUGAGCCAUCGAAUGAGGCGGGUGAAAAUAAAGAUGCGGGUCAAGAAACUUCAAGAAAAUCAACCUUGUCGCGAACCUUCAGUUUUUUAGAGAGAGUGCGGGCAUCUCUUUCGUCAAAAAAAGAUCACGAAGAUAACCUGGAUGUUUCCAAGAAAAUAUGCACAAAAUGUAACCACUACAGAGAUCCUCAAAUGAUCAUUAAAAGAAUCGAGGAAGUCGAACGUAGAGGAGGACGCAUCUUAAUCCCAAUUCAGUUACCAGUUACUUUGGGAUCUGGUAGAAUAAAAACUUUAGGUUUUCCAAAAUUAUCUCGCGGCCAAUCUACUCCAGGUUCAGGAUAUCAUAAAUGUCAUCGAGGAUCUUGCUGCAUUGCAAAUCAAUCCAAUUUUACUCCGUCGACUUCGGGUUAUUCUCAAAAAAGCCAAAACAGGAAAUGCCACCAGACUUCCGAGUCAUCAAUAGAGAAAUCCAAAACAACCGAUCGUCAAUCAUCACCUACUCCAGGCUGCUCUCAGCAACAAACCGAUGAACAAUAUUUCGUCGAAUCUGACUCGCUUGAAAAAUCAAAAAUAAAUGAAGACAACUUAUCAUCAAAGUCUUUGAACUUAGAUAAAGAAAUCUGCGGUGAAAGUCAAAAAUCUUGUAAAAGUGCCAAACCUUCUGCUACUUCAACGUGUACUAAAUCAAAAUCUGAAGCACUCUUUUCAUCAACUAGAAGGUCAAGUUCGUGUGAUACUGAAAAUGUCUCAAAUUCACCCACAACGAGAAGUAUUACUCGUAGAAGCUCAAUAUAUGGCUCAAAUUCUCGUACAGCAAGGAUCGAGUCACAGAAUGGGGAUCACUACGGUUCCUCUAAUCAAUGCACGAGUAAAAUAGAAAAUUCCUCGGACGAUUCAUCGGAAACUGCAUCAAAAGCCAGUUCAUCAUAUUACAAUGUUCCAAAACUUGAAAUUGAGGAGCACUAUAGUGACGAAGAACAAUGCCAGGAUGCUCCUAGUGAAAGAGAAAAUACAAAUUCUUCCGCAGCCUGCAGUAUCAAGUCAAUUCCAUCGAAUCUUUCUACAACUGCGAAAUGUAUUUCAGGUUCUAAUCAGUCUAUAGCCAAUCGGCCUUCACGUUCUAAUUCCAUAGUCACAAGUCGUCAGUCAUGCUGCGACCUCUCGUCGCAAAAUGGCGAUUCUUUCGUGAAAAAAUCAAAAACUAAAUCCACCGAUGACCUCACUUCAUCUCAGACAUCUUGCAAAAGAUUAAAUCAGUGUAAUCUCAAAUGUACUUCAACUACUCAAUCGAACAAAGAGCCAGUAUGUGCAAAAACUCCGUUAAAAGCACCGGUAAAAUUCAAAGUCCUAUCAACUGAUCCAGACUAUGAUCCUAGCACACUCCAAGUCAAACAACAAUUGAAAAUGUUACUUCAGGAUAACCCUACUUCCUCACAAUCAGCAACUCAAUCGAAAAAAAAUCGAAUAAGGCCGGGUCAAGUUAUUUAUGCUGAUUUAUGCUUCGUUCAGCAACAACCUGCAGUCAAAUGUAAGGACAAUUCUUGUCGUAAAUCCUCUUCAUUUUGCGAAUCGACUACGAAAGAAGGUAUAAUAAUAGGGACACAAUCAUCAGGAUGUUCUGUCUUACAAAAAAAUGGCAAUGUCACUUCGGAAUCCGAAAGUGAUGCUGGUUAUGGACCAUCUCAUAGUGACAGUAAUGGAAAUGAAGACCUUUACAAGAACGUGGAUUGUUCCACAGAAGACAAUCUUAGUCACGAAGCUGAAAAUUGUUACAGGAAAUGUGUAUCCACAAUUUGUUGCGAUGAUUAUCCCAGGGCUAGUUCGACAAGAAGACUAGAUUCUGGACUGGGAAGACGUGAUAGCGAUUUAACUUUGAACAGUUGCAUGAGUGCUGAUUCCAGAGGACAUUUCAUACAAAGUUUGAACCAACGCCUCAAAGGGAAUUAUUUGCAACAGUCAAAAGGUUCGUCACACCGGAGCAGAUUAAGUUCAUCCAGUCGAUAUGCUCCGGUUUUCGAAUAUGCUGAGGAUACCGAUGACUGCGACGUUUACGAACCUAUAGAUGAACAUCUCGAAACAGGAGCUCGUUCUAGUAUGAGGAGCAGUAUGAAUAAAUUAUUACCAAGAAUUAGAUCGUACAUGGCUAGACGUAAGAAAAGCAGUAUUUGUGGAUCAGAACUUUAUUCUGAACCAUCGAUCGAAGAAGGAUCGACGGAAUUAUGCGAAAAUUGUAUGAAAUGUAUUCCUCGCGAUAUUUCCAAAACAAUACGAAGUCGACAAUCAUUAUACACAGACGUUGAAAAAUUCAAACACGGAGGCACAAUUCAUCUGAAUGAUUUGAUCGCAGUUUACCCAAAUUUGUAUCCUAAACUACCAAUCCCUGUGAGAGAAGCAUUAUCCAAGGGUUUUGAUGACUAUUCUGUCAGCCCAUAUGGGAACUUAUGCGAGAACAAUCAACUCGUUCAAGAGACAAAAUGGUCAGACUUGAGCUCAUCCUUUGAAAAUAUCAACUGCACGCACUAAUUAAUAUGCAUUAGAAAAUUAUUAAUAAUUAUAUUUUACGUUCAAUGUACUCGUAUCUAUUUAGAUUAGCCACCAUUAAUAUGGAUUUUAAAUAAUGUUUAUUUUUACGUUACAUACCAAAUAAAAUAUCGUC